CGCGAGGGGAAGCGGAAGUGGCGCGUCGAAGCUCCGCUUCCACAGGUCCUCAGGAGCCCUGCCUCCACGACCUCGGCUACCCCUAAUGACCUCACAAAGGCCCCAUUUCCAAAUAACAUCAAAUUGAGGAUUAGUGCUGCAACAUACGAAUUUGUGGCGCACAAUAGUAAGUCUAUUAAUACAGAGGCUACCCUUGAGGAGACAGCAGUAUCAGGAUUCCAGGAAAGGUCCUAAAAGUGGUGGCCACGUCCUGAAAGCUGCUGAAAUGACUAAGUCCCAGGGCAUAUUGUCAUUCAGUGAUGUGGCUGUAUAUUUCACCUGGGAAGAGUGGCAGCUACUAGACACUGCUCAGAAGAAUCUCUACCGGGAUGUGAUGUUGGAAAAUCAUAGCAACCUAAUGUCGUUGGGUUAUCAAGCUACCAAGCCAGAAGCAAUGGUCUACUGGGAAAAAGAAGAACAAGGAAUAGUAGAGAGGGAAUUUCCAAGUCAUUUCAGUCCAGAAGUAAUGUGGCAAGUUUAUGAUUGGUAUCAGGAAGACAUUGAGAAGGAUGAACCUGUGGAGACAGAUCAUGAAAAUUAUGCAUUGGGCAAAAUACUUUCUCUUAGCAAAAACUUGGUUCCAUUUAAAGAAAAAUCCUAUAAAUGUAUCUCAAGAGAAAUCACUUUGGAACAAAAUUCAGAUUCAAAUUUUCAGAGUAAAAACUAUGCAGUCAUGAACUCUGAUAAGUUAAAUGGUUCUGGGAAAUCAUUUUUCCAUACUCUACAUGAAGCCUCUCACAUUCAUCCCCAGUACUAUGAACCAAAUUUACAUGUGAAGGUUUUCAGUCUGGUGACAAAUCCUAAAAGACAUCGCAGAAUUCACACAGAGGGGAAACAUGAAUGUAGCGAAUGUCCAAAAUCUUUCAGGUAUAAGUCAAAGCUCUUAAUACACCAGAGAACUCACACAGGAGAGAAACCCUAUGAAUGCAAGGAAUGUGGAAAGGCUUACAGUGAGAAGACUAAGCUCAGGUUACAUUGCAAAACGCACACAGGAGAGAAACCUUUUAAGUGUAGUGAUUGUGGGAAAGGUUUUAUGCAGAAGUCAAACCUGAUUAUCCAUCAACGAACUCAUACAGGAGAUAAGCCCUAUGGGUGUAGAGAAUGUGGAAAGGCCUUCUGUAGUAAGUCUCAGCUUGUUGUUCACCAGCGAAUUCAUACAGAAAAAUCCUAUGAAUGCAGGAAAUGUGGAAAAGCCUUCACUAAAAAUACACACCUCCUAACACAUCAGAGAACUCACAUAGGAGAGAAACGUUAUGCAUGCUGUGAAUGUGGAAAAGCUUUUGUAUAUGCAUCACAGCUCAUUGUACAUGAGAGAAAUCAUACCGGAAGAAAACCUUAUGAAUGUAAAGAAUGUGGGAAAUCUUUUAACAAAAAAUCACACCUCAUAAGACAUCAGAGAAUCCAUACAGGAGAGAAGCCAUAUGAAUGCAGUGAAUGUGGAAAAGCUUUUAUAGACAACUCACAUCUUAUUGUUCAUCAAAGAACUCAUACAGGUGAGAAGCCUUAUGAAUGCAAGGAAUGUGGGAAAGCCUUUAAUAAAAAGUCAUCCCUCAUAACCCAUCAAAGAAUUCAUACAGGAGAUAAGCCUUAUGAAUGCACUGAAUGUAAAAAAGCUUUUAUAGACAAGUCACAUCUCAUUGUCCAUCAGAGAACUCAUACAGGAGAGAAACCCUAUGAAUGCAGUGAAUGUGGAAAAGCUUUUAUAGACAACUCACAGCUCAUUGUUCAUCAAAGAACUCAUACAGGAGAGAAGCCUUUUGUGUGCAGGGAAUGUAGAAAAGCCUUUAGUUAUAAGUCAUCCUUCAUAGCACAUCAGAGAAUUCAUACAGGAGAAAGGCCUUAUGAAUGCACUGAAUGUAGAAAAGCUUUUAUAUACAAGUCACAUCUCAUUGUCCAUCAGAGAACGCAUACAGGAGAGAAACCCUAUGAAUGCAGUCAAUGUGGAAAAGCUUUUGUACGAAAGGCAGUGCUCACUGUACAUCAGAGAACACAUACAAGGGAGAAACCCUUUGUCUGUCUUGAGUGCCAAAAAGCCUUUAGCAGUAUGGCAAUGCUCAGUACACAUCAGCUGAUUCAUACAGGAGAGAGACCCCAUGGAUGCAGUGAAUGUGGAAAAGCUUUCCGCCAAAAAAGCCAUCUUAUUAUCCAUCAACGAUGCCAUACUGGUGAGAAAUCCUAUGAAUGCAUUCUAUCUAGUCAGAUUUUCAGCUAGAAGUUACAAUUCAUUAGGCAUCAGAGAU